AUGAGUGAAGAGAUUGAACCCUACAUAGCCAAGAAAUUCGAGAUCAUCCAGAAAUUAGGAAAAGGAGCCUAUGGAGUUGUAUGGAAGGCCAUCGAUAAGAAGUUGAAGCAAGUAUUAUUGUAAAAGAAAUUUCAAAUAGGUGGUUGCUUUAAAGAAAGUGUUUGAUGCUUUUCAUAAUGCCACUGAUGCCUAGAGAACGUUUAGGGAAGUGAUGUUUCUCUAGGAAUUGAAUGGACACGAGAAUGUUGUGCGUUUGCUCAAUAUCAUGAAGGCUGAGAACAAUAAGGAUUUAUAUUUGGUAUUCGAUUACAUGGAGACUGACUUGCAUGCAGUGAUAGUAAGAAGUCCCUCUUGAAGAUUAGCGUGCCAAUAUUUUAGAAGAAAUACACAAGAAAUACAUAGUAUAUCAAAUCUUGAAGGCACUCAAAUUCAUCCAUUCAGGUGAAUUAAUCCAUAGAGAUCUGAAGCCAUCCAAUGUUCUUCUGAAUUCCGAAUGUUUGGUAAAGGUUGCAGAUUUCGGAUUAGCCAGAAGUCUAGUGCAGAAUGAAGAUGAUGGUUUCAAUAAUAUCACAUAUAUUUUUAGGGAUGGUUCUCCUCACUGAAUAUGUGGCUACUCGUUGGUAUCGUGCACCAGAAAUCUUACUUGGUUCAACUAAGUAUAGUAAGGCAGUAGACAUGUGGUCUGUGGGUUGCAUUGUCGGAGAAUUGAUACUUGGAAGAGCCAUUUUUCCAGGAACAUCCUCUUUGAAUUAAAUUGAACGAAUAAUAGAGUUACUUGGGAAACCAAAAGCUGACGAAUUGGAAUCUUUGGAUAGUCAAUUGGCUGCCAAUAUUCUAGCCUCCAUCAACGCCUCGAAAAAAAAAUCAUUUGUUUAAUUCUUCCCAGGAGCUACAGAAGAAGCUCUUGAUUUAAUUCGAAGAUUGCUGUGCUAUAAUCCAAAAACAAGAUUGACUGCAGAACAAGCCUUAAAACACAGAUAUGUUUUAGAAUUCUCGUAGCCAGAUGAAGAAAUUGUGAGUUUGCAGCCAUUCAAAAUUUCGAUGAAUGACAACAAGAAAUUCACCAUCAAGGAUUAUCGUGAGUCUUUGUAUGCUGACAUCUCUCAGAGGAAGAAGGAUCAACGUAAGAAGUGGCAACUCAAGUAUUUGGCCUAGUUGGGAGUCAAUUUGGAGGAGGAGAAUGAUAAAAAGUACUCUAAUUGUUGUAUUUCAGACUCAAAAACAAGGAUCCCAGUCCAAAAUACCGAGACGACAUAAUAGAUUUAAACAGGGUCGAUGAUUCACAAUUGAUUUAUCAAUAACAAAUGCAACAACAAGUGUUGUAAUAGCAAAAGAAGAAUUAGAGACCGCAAUCGCAAUCUGGAAAUCAAGUCAGAUAACACAGUCAAGAUGUAGCCAGGACUAUUUCUUAAGAAAAUUCAAUCUAGUAGAUCUAAAAUACAUAAUAAACUCAUCAUAAAUCCAACUCGAUAGUUAUGAAUUCAAAUUAAUACAAACAAGGUUAUUAUUAUCCAUUUUAGUAACCAAAUAACAACUAGCAGACUUCAAAGUAUAAUGGAAUCAAUAAAUCAGCAAACAAUGUGGGGAGGUCUUCAACUGGAUACUAUUAAAAAGUCAAUAAAAAAUGA